CACUUCAUUCGCGCUCGAUGCGUCGGUUAAUUUAGAGCGGUAUGUUGCCGUGACGAAUUUUUCUCUGGGAGUGUGCUCUCGUAUCUAUUGGUGCCGAUUUUUUUAUGUACAGUGAAUUCCGAAAAAUUAACAUAUUUUGCGCAUGGUAGUGAAUAAAAUACGAGUUUGAUCAUGGCGUUGGAGGGUGUGAAAAGUGAAAAAAGUGAGGAAAGCAAUGCGAAUGUUCAGGACGCGAAGGCGAACGGUGUCGACAAUAGGAAUAAACAGAUAGAUCCAAACACAGCGUUUCUGCGAGCGGCGCGCGCGGGCCAAUUGGACACAGUCGUCGAUCUAUUGGAUUCAGGGGCUGUUAAAGAUAUAAACACAUGUAAUUCUAAUGGAUUAAACGCUCUACAUUUAGCCGCUAAAGAUGGACACAUUUCAGUAGUAGAAGAACUACUGAAACGCGGUUCUAUCGUCGACGCAUCGACAAAGAAAGGCAACACAGCCCUCCACAUAGCAUGUCUAGCUGGCCAGGAGUCAGUUGCCCGAGCGCUGCUCGCGGCCGGCGCGAAGGCAGACGCUCAAUCGGCGGCGGGCUUCACGCCGUUAUACAUGGCCGCGCAGGAGAACCACGCGGGCUGCGUGAAAAUGUUGCUAGCGGCAGGGGCCAGCCAGACACUUGCGACAGAGGAUGGAUUCACACCGCUAGCAGUGGCGAUGCAACAGGGCCACGACCGCGUGGUUGCAGAACUGCUCGAAUCCGACACACGCGGUAAAGUGCGAUUACCCGCAUUGCACAUUGCCGCUAAGAAAAACGACGUAAAAGCCGCUACGCUUUUACUAGAGAACGAACACAACCCGGACGCGUGCUCCAAGUCCGGUUUCACGCCCCUCCACAUAGCAGCGCACUACGGCAACGUGGGCGUGGCCAAAGCGCUGCUCUGUGCCGGCGCGGACGCGGGCCGCGCGGCCAAGCACAACAUCACGCCGCUGCACGUGGCCAGCAAGUGGGGGCAGCUGGCCAUGGUCGACCUGCUGGUGGAGAAUGGUGCAAACAUAGCAGCAGUGACGCGAGAUGGCUUGACGCCAUUGCACUGCGCGGCUCGUUCCGGUCAUAGCAAUGUGGUGUCAAGGUUGUUGCAGCAUGGUGCACCGAUUACUAGUAAAACUAAGAAUGGUCUAACCCCCCUCCACAUGUCAGUACAAGGGGAGCACGUAGAAACUGCGAAAGUGCUGCUCACAGAAGGCGCUCCCAUCGAUGACGUCACUGUUGACUAUCUUACUGCGUUGCAUGUGGCCGCACAUUGUGGUCAUGUUAGAGUCGCAAAACUUCUGCUGGACAGAAAUGCGGACGCAAACGCGCGUGCUCUGAACGGUUUCACGCCACUACACAUCGCUUGUAAGAAGAACCGGCUCAAAGUUGUCGAACUGUUGCUCAAAUAUGGUGCUAGUAAAUCAGCAACCACAGAAUCUGGUCUGACUCCCCUCCACGUGGCCUCGUUCAUGGGCUGCAUGAACAUCGCGCUGGUGUUGGUCGGGGCGGGUGCUGACGCUGAUGCUGCUACCGCGAGAGGAGAAACUCCUCUUCAUCUCGCUGCUAGAGCGCAUCAGACGGAUUUGGUGCGAGUUUUGUUGAGGAACAACGCUAAGGUGGAAGCCCGUGCUCGCGAAGAACAAACACCACUACACGUAGCAGCAAGAUUGGGGCAUGCGGACAUUGCUGCACUUUUGCUGCAGCAUGGUGCUGAUGUUGCUGCAACCACCAAGGACAAGUACACGCCGCUGCAUAUUGCUGCUAAGGAAGGCAAAGAAGAAGUAGCAGCAAUUCUUAUAGACCACAACGCGCCAAUAGAAGCAGAAACGCGUAAAGGCUUCACUCCACUACACCUAGCCGCUAAAUACGGUGACAUGGGCGUUGCCAGGCUAUUACUUGCUAGAGGAGCUCAACCUGACGCGCCAGGAAAGAGUCAUAUCACUCCAUUGCAUAUGGCAACGUAUUAUGGGCAUCCGGAUAUCGCUCUGCUUUUGCUGGAUAAAGGUGCAUCACCACAUUCACUGGCUAAGAACGGUCAUUCCGCACUUCACAUCGCGUGUAGACACAAUCAUCCAGAUAUCGCGUUUGCGCUACUUGAACAUGAUGCGGAUCCCAGUGUGAAGUCAAAGGCUGGGUUCACACCAUUACACAUGGCGGCGCAAGAGGGUCACGAGGACUGCGUCGAGAUGCUUAUUGAGAGAGGCGCUGAUGUCAAUGUUCCGGCUAGCAACGGUCUGACGGCGGUGCACCUGGCGGCGGCGGAGGGGCGCGGGGCGGUGCUGCGCGCGCUGCUGGCGGCCGGCGGGCGCUGUGCGGCGCGCACGCGCGACGGGUACACGCCGCUGCACGCGGCCGCGCACCACGGCCACCUGGCCGCCGCGCGCGCGCUGCUGGACGCGGGCGCGGACGUGACCGCGCGCGCGCAGCACGGAUUCACACCACUCCACCAAGCGGCACAACAAGGCCACACCCUUAUAAUUCAACUACUGUUGAAGAGUAACGCUGACCCUAACGCACUGUCUGCGAACGGACAGACAGCGUGCGCGAUCGCAGAUCGGUUGGGCUACAUCAGCGCGGUGGAGGCGUUGCGGCCGCUCACUGAGAACACGCUUAGCCAAGCUGUGGGUGACACGGGUGGUGUUGAGGGUAAAUACAGAGUGGCAGCCCCAGAACUAAUGCAGGACACAUUCAUGAGUGAUUCAGAGGAUGAGGGAGGAGAAGUGGAAUGCCCAAUCCAGCAGCAGCAGCAGUACCGCUACAUGAACAGCGAAGCGGGCACGCUGAACCGCGCCAAGCCGCUCGAGGACAGCGUGACGGACGGCCACCUGUGGCCCAGCAACAAUGACAGCAGAGUGGCCACCAUCGAGCGGCAGCCGCUGGACAUCGGAUUCCUGGUGUCCUUCGUGGUAGACGCUCGCGGAGGAGCUAUGAAGGCAAAGCGACGUGGUGGUGUCAGGAUUAUAGUACCACCAGCAGCGUGUGCCGCUCCCACUAGAGUUACUUGCAGAGCAGCCACACGGCGCGCACCAGCCGCAGCCCCACCACCGCUUAUGGAAGGCGAAGCCCUAGCCUCUAGACUUCUGGAACUGCAGCCACAAGGAGCCAAAUUUUUAGCACCUGUGAUAAUCGAAGUCCCGAUCUUCACGGCAUCCUGUCCAGAACGAGAGAUUGUCAUCCUGCGCUCCGACACGGGGGAGACGUGGCAAGAUCACUACUUGCACAACAACGACAAUGCUAUGAUACAGGAGGCGCUGACCCGCGAGCGGCAAGAGCACGGCACGAGCGGCGAGGCGCUCGGCGAGAACGGCGAACGCGUGACGCGCAUCAUCACGUGCGACUUCCCGCACUACGUGGCGGUGGUGUCGCGCGUGCGCCAGGAGGUGCACAUCAUCGGGCCCGACGGCGGCACCGUGUCCUCCGCGCACAUCCCGCAGGUGCAAGCGUUGUUCCCCCCGCAAGCGCUGACGAAGCGCAUCCGCGUGGGUCUGCAAGCGCACGGGGCCAGCCCCGCACUGGCGCGGCGCGUGCUGCCGCGGCACGGCGCCGUGUCGCCCGUGCUGACGGUGGAGCCGCGCCGCAGGAAGUUCCACCGCAGCAUCACGCUCACCGUGCCGCUGCCGCAGCCGCCCGAUCACAAGGUGGUAGAAAAACAAUCGACAUCGAACUUACGCCUGCUCUGUUCGAUCAUGGGCGGUCAAGCGCGAGCCGUGUGGGAGGAUGUCACGGGUUCGACUCCGCUCACCAUCACCGAUGAUUGUGCGUCAUUCACCACCACGGUAUCUGCGAGAUUCUGGUUGAUGAACUGUCAAAAUGUCAGCGACGCUACGAAGUUGGCUACGGAGUUAUACAGACAAAUGCUAGUAGUGCCAUUCGAAGUGCGUAUCGUGGUUUUGGGCAAACGUUUGGACGCGCUGGAGGGUCGCCUGCUCGUGCUCUAUAUUACGGACAGAUACGCGUAUGAAACUCUGCUGCAACAGGAACACUACACAGAAAUAGCGCAUUCGACGUCCGUACGCUUUUUGGACGGCAAAGAAGUUUUUCUAGAGUUUUCUGGAAACCUCGUUCCGGUAACCAAGUCCGGCAGUCAACCGCUGUUUACUUUUGAGGCGUUCAAAGACAACCGCGUGGAAUUCACAGUGCGCGUCAAACACCACGAAGAGAGCCCAUCCGGCAGGAUCUAUUUCAUGAACGAACCUAAGGUGGCCAAGGGUGAACAGUCCCAAACACCGGCAUGUGUGCUUGACGUACAACUGCCUGAGCGCAUCGCACCGAGAGCCGCUAAGAGCCAACUUGACUGUCUCAACCUCGACCAGUCCGGAUUCGACGCAUUAAAAGACGAACUGAGCUUCCAUUGGGGUGACCAUAACCACAGUAUCGGACCGCCAUCGCUCCACACACACCACGAAACUUCACCACAACUCAACGGACACGACAAAACCAUUGCAAAUGGUAAUGUGAAAUUCACUACUAAGGACGCGGAUGAUGUGAAACCCAAAGUUCAAGUGAACGGUGACUCAGUGCACGUUGAUUCGAAUAAAGUGAAAGCAACAUUCGAUUCAGAUGAAGACAAAACUCCAAUGAACACACUGGAAAAAGGCAAGAAGAAAUCAGAAGGUGGCUUCUUAGGAGGCCUCGCUGAUAAAGUAAAGAACGUUUUUAGCCACAGUGAGGAGAAGGAAGACAGUAAAGAGUCAUCGCCCAAACUAGAGCCUAAACCAGAGCCCAAACCAAGAGAAUCUAAAGAUAAAUCACCGCCGAAACCAGCACCGAGGAUCAUCAAUGAAGAUCUGCUUGAAAAAGUCGACGAUAUGUUCAAAGACUUAAAAGUCAAACCUCACGUACGAAUCGAUGAAGAUGCCAACAAUGAAGUGUAUUUAACAAAAUUAAUUAUCGACGAUGGAGAUUCUCCGAGUAUAAAGGAAAAGACUGAAGAAGUUUAUGAGCAGUAUGAGAACAUGCAACCCGUUGAAACUCCCUUGCGUAGUAAAAAAACGGAUCCAUUCCAGUUCUAUGACGACUGCUGCAAAGGACUAUACAAAAAAGGAGAAAAACAUAGCCACGAGGAGACUUCAACGUUAGCUGACAGAAUAGAAAAUGUCAAUUUUACCGUGCAUGAGACCAUUCAAGAAAUCGCUGAUAGAGCUGAAAGCGAGUCCAAAGAUGUUUUAGAUAAACUUUACAAAGAGAAAGAUAAUCUAAAACAGAAAACGUCUGAAGUGCAAGAUGAUGUAUCUAAAAACGGAGACAACUUUAAACACGACCUUGUCAUCGUUGAGGAGACAUUGAAGAAAAAUGUUCAUGAUGGGGAAGAUAAAUUGAAAGAUGCCAUCAAAGAAAAAUCUGAUAAAGUUGCUGAUACAGCACAAAAUAUAGAAAACGAUGUUGAUAAUUUAACUUCAGAUGUUCGUACACAAGCGACCGCCGAAAUUGAAAAUAUUAAAACAACAGCUCAGGAUAUUGUUAAUAAUCUACUUAAUCAAGCUGAUUCAAAACAUAAAGACCAUAAAACGCUUGUAAUGGACUUUUUAGCCGCUGAACAAAUGGAAGCUUCUAAGUCAUUAGACGGUGUAACCCAAGAUUUAAAGAAAGAAGUAAAAAAUAAGGAAAACGAUCUUGUAAAUACAGCUGAAUUAAUAAAGGAUUCUACCAAAGAAAAAAUAUCAGAUAUAGGUGAGGACUUGAACAAUAAAGUGAACAAUAUAAAGAAAGGUGCUAAAAAUAAAAUGGAUAAUAUAAAAGAGGCAACCGAUGAUAAAGUGAAUGAAUUGAGUGAUGCUAUUGACUCUGCAAAGGAGAAAACAGGAAAAGCAGCUGAAAAUGUAAAAUCAAAGGCUAAAGAAACUAAAGAAAAUAUAAAAGCUGAGGGCAAAAAGAAAUCAAAGGAAGGCAAAAACUUUUUCACAGGACUUGUACACAAUAUAUUUGGUGAAAAAGAAAAAGUUGAGGAUGAGGUGAAAAAUAGUGUAUCUGAAGGCAAAAAAUCCGCUAAGAAACUAUUAAAACAGGCAUCGCAAAUGAAAGAAGACGUUGAAGAAACUGCAGCUAAGAAACAAGAACAAUGUGUUGAUUUUCUUGAAAAUGAAACACAAAAAGUAAAUGAUAAGAAGGAAAAGGCUAUUAACAAGGGUAGUGAAUUAAUUUCAAAUGCACAAAAUACGGCUGAAGGUAUUAAGGAAGAUAUACAUGAUACAGCUACAUCUGCAGCACAAAAUGUUCAAGCAGAUGCUCAGGCAGCUUUGAAUAAUCUCGAACAAUUCAAGGAAAGAGUAAGUCACGAUGCGAACGAACAAGCAAGUAAUCUAGUACAAAAUAUUGAAGGUAAAAGGAAUGAAAUAGCCGAAGAUCUUUAUGAGAAAAAGCAAAAUGCCGUAGACAGUAUACAUUCAACAACGGAUAGCGUAAUAAAAGACAUUGAAAAUAAAAAAGAACAAGUGACACAAAAUGCACACGAACAAGCUGAGAAGCUAAUUGAAAAUGUAGAAAGUAAAACAAAGGAAGUCACUCAAAAUAUCGAACAAACAAAAGAUAAAGUCGUUGAAAAUGUUCAAAACAAGACAAGUGAAAUUUUGGAUGGCAUUCAACAGCAGAAAUAUCAAUUAGGGAGUGCUAAAGAUGAUUUAAUAGAAAAUAUUCAGAACAAGAGUACAGAUAUUUUGAACAGCGUAGACAAUGCCAAGAAUAACGCAGUAAAUGAAGUGCAGGCUCAAAGCGCUCAAGUAAUUGAAAAUAUUACCAAGGAAAGGGAUGCAGCUAUUCAAGCUGCUCAGUCGAAAAGAGAUGAAAUCGUUGAAGACUUACACAAUAAAAAAGACGAAUUUACUUCAGCUGUUCAUGAUAAAACAAAUGCAGCUGCAGACGCACUUACAAACACACAGACUGUAGUAGAAAAAGUCGUGGAAAAGAAAAAGAACGAUUUAGUAGACACUGGAGAUUUUAUUCAAAACGCAGCCAGUAAUCAUAUGGAUAGGAUAAGACAAGAAGCAGAGAGCACUACGGAAGAUAUAAAAAGAACGGCAGAGGAAGCUAUUAACGCGGCGGCACAAAAGAAAUCAGACAUUCAAGCUGAUAUUAGCACGAAAUUUGAAGGAAUUAAGAAUUCUGGCAAAGAUAGCUUAGACAGCGUGCAACAGGCUGCUAGUGAGAAAGUUUCACAAGCUAAAGAGUCAGCGCAACAAGCGUUCGGUCACGUCAAAGAUUCGUCCUUGGGCGCUUUCGGUUCAAUCGAAACCGCGGCAAAGGGCAAAGUGAACGACGUCGCCGACAACUGGGAGGAUCUGCAAAGUAGCACAAGGGAUACCUUCGCAGAGAUGAAAGAUGAGGUUCACGGGUUGGAAAGCUCAGCGCAAGACACUUUGCAUAGCUUACAGAGUUCAGCUGGAAACACUUUUGACAGUUUAGACGAUUCAACGCGAGAAAUAAUAGCAGAUGUACAAAACACGACGAACAAAGCAGGAGACGCUUCUACAGAACUAUUCGGCGGUGUCAAAGAUUCCUUCGAAGGUUUCACGAUAACGGCGGAAAAUAAACUCGAAGACAUAAAGGGUGCUGCGAAUGAAAGGCUAGAGGAAACUGGGCAAUCAUUGGAAAAGAUAGAAAGUGACGUCACUGAGGGUGUAAAGAAAACAGGAUCGAAUGUAGCGCAAGGCGUGACGUCAGAGGUCGAUAAGUUCGCGAGCAAUCUCAACGAUUUGGGCAAUACUGUGUUUGGAUCGUCGGGGAAAGGUUUUAUGAAAGAUUCAAGUAAAAAAUUGCUUGAAUCAGAGAAAUCACAAUCGUCACCACACAAGAAGGGCUCAGGGUUUUUCUCAAAGUUGCGCCGCAACCACUGAGCAACGGGAGCGCGAUGGCGAAUCAAUUGAUAACAUCUACAUAAUUUUAAAUAUUAAAAUUAUAACUUAUUCUUCCAAAUAAUGUUAAAAUUCCCACGAGUUACCAGUCUUGUCUCCGUGUUUUUAAACGAUACUCAAUUUUAAGUCGAUUUAAAUCGAUAUGAAGUAAUAUCAAUAAUCUAAAAUUGUAUUGCCAGUAAUAAACUCAACUCAAAAUUGAGUAACGUUUGAGAAUUCGGUAAUAUGGUGCUCAAAUCAACUAAAUAUAUAGUGUAAUGUUAUUGCUAUGCUCCUAAUGAUAUUGAAAUAAUCAUAGAAAAUAGAUUUUAAAUUUCUAAAGCAUUAGGUUUUUCCAGUAUUGAAAAUUCAAUACAACGUCUACAAAACCAUGAGAUAAUACAUAAAUAUAUUAAUUUAUAUACUUAAAUCAAGAAUCACGUAUCUGUAUAGAACUAAAUGAUAUAAUUAUGAGUUUUAUAUAAAAAUAAUAUUCCAGUAGUACAUAUGGUGACAAUUGUUGGUAAAACACGUUAAUUUGUUUUAUAUUUAUCAUAAUAUUAUGUAUUGCAUAUUGUUACUAAAAAUAUUAAUUAGUCUAUGGUAAGCUAUUUACCCAGAAAUUGUGUAAUGUAAUUGAUUAUUGACAUUAAAUUGCCAAACUUAUUGCGUUUAUUCAAAGAAACACUAAAAUAUCCUUUUCACUUAUCCUGCACCUUUAGAUUAAGGUAACGUUGUAAAAGAGCGUUUGGGUUAUUACGAAUGAGGGUAGUAAAAAAAAAUUUUUUUUUCUACACGUAGGUGCUAAUUUUUGCUAUUUAUACUGUAUUUUUUAUCCCCGAUGCAAAAAGAGGGAUGUUAUAUUAUGUUCUAGAUAUGAUUUUGAAAAUCGAACUACCCUCUUAAAAGAAAAAAUAAUUUUCCAAGCUACCCUACAUUCGCAAUCACCCAAAUGCACUUUAAAUUAAAUAUUAUAUUUUCUAAAUAUUUUCUUGUAAAGGUGAGAUUGUUGAUUGGAUAAGAAUUGGUGUUAUUGUGAUUUGCACAAAUGCGUGUUUUCAAGGCCCCAAUUCGAAAUUUUUGAGAAAAAUUUGCCCAAAAUUAAAUGAAAUUAUCUAACUAAUGGUAGAUUACAAUUACUGAAGUACAAGUAAGGAAAUAGUCGCUUCAUAGACUAUGUAAUGUAGCCAUAGUGUUUAGGCUGAAGCCUUACUUCAUGAGCCAUUAAAAAUGUAUAAAAACUGUUAUGUAUUUGUUUACUUGUAUCAUUUUUAAAUCUUAAACGUUGUUACUAUGUGUUAUAUUUCGACAAAAGGCCAUUUUGUUAUAAGAAAAAUCAUAAAGAAACCUUUAUUUUAUAUCUAUAUUAAAUAUUUGAUCUGAUUUCAAAAUAACAUUGUAAUCAAGUCCUUACGGGCAAGUGAGAUUGUGAAUGACGCUAUAUUAUGUACUCAGAGUACAUUUUAUCGUUGUACCUUUAAACUAUGUACUUUUGUAUCACAAAGGAAUCGUAAAUUUAUUUUUAGCUAAUUAGCUUCAUAAUUUAAAUAUUCUAAUAGUUUUACCAGAUUAUGAGGCUUUCUUAUGUACAUCACAUAGAUCGAUAUUCUAAUAUUCGUUAUUAUUUCAACGAUAAACUUUCGGCAAAGACUAGUUUAAUAUUCUUAUAUAUAAAAAUGAAUCGCAAAAUGUGUUGGUAAGCGCAUAACUCGAGAACGGCUGAACCGAUUUCGAUAAUUCUUUUUUUAUUAUAUUCCUUGAAGUGUGAAGUGAAGUGUGGGUAUGUGUGUGUGUUGAAGAGAAAACGUAAAUAUGUACCACGGGUGAAGCCGGGGCGGACCGCUAUAAUAAAAGUCAAAAGU